GUGGGGUCAUUAGAAGCAUGUUUCUUAGCAAAGAGAGGGUUCUCUGUAGAUUUGUAUGAAGCCAGAGAAGACAUUCGUUUGUUGGAACAUGUGAAAGGGCGGAGCAUAAAUUUGGCUCUCUCUAUCAGGGGUAGAGAAGCAUUAAAAGCAGUUGGUUUAGAGGAAGAGGUUGUGGCCAGUGGAAUACCAAUGCGUGCACGUAGGAUACAUGACACCAAUGGAAGAUUAUCUUCACAGCCUUAUGGUACCGAGGAACAGUACCUCUUGUCGGUAGACAGACGCAAACUGAACGAAACUCUUCUUUCUGCUGCUGAGUCAAACUCUGAUGUCAACUUGCAUUUUAGUCACAAAUUGUUGAAAGCAGAUUUUAAAGACGGGAAAGCUGUGUUUUUAAAUAGUUCUGAAGGAAGUGAAGUUGAGGUGACUGCUGAUCUCAUUGUUGGGUGUGACGGGGCUUACUCCACGCUACGUAGACAGAUUAUGAAAGCAACACGCUUGAACUACAGUCAGGAAUAUAUUCCGCAUGGCUACAUGGAACUCACGAUCCCACCAAGCAAUGAUAACACGUUUCAGAUGGAACAAAAUUUCUUGCACAUCUGGCCUAGAGGGCAGUUUAUGAUGAUUGCACUCCCCAAUCAGGAUAAAUCGUUCACCGUGACACUAUUCAUGCCUUUUAUAAUGUUUGAGUGCAUCAGGACAAGAGAGGACCUCCUGAAGUUCUUUGAGGAACAGUUCAGGGAUGGUCUUCGUCUGAUUGGUAGAGAAGAGCUUUGUGAAUGUUUUUUCUCCAGUAAAGCUCUGCCACUUAUCAGCAUUAAGUGUUGGCCCUAUCAUGUUGGUAACAAUGCUGUGAUUCUAGGUGAUGCAGCCCAUGCAAUGGUCCCAUUCUAUGGUCAAGGAAUGAAUUGUGGUUUGGAAGAUUGCCUUGUUUUAGAUGAAAUGCUUGGCGCUUAUGGUGAUGACCUUGGAAAAGCAUUAACAUGUUAUUCAAUAAAGAGGAAUCCUGAUGUUAAGGCCAUCUGUGAUCUUGCUAUGUACAACUACGUAGAGAUGAGAGAUCUGGUGAAUUCCAGGUGGUUCGUGUUUCGUAAGAAAAUCGAUAGUAUUCUUCAUUUCUUUAUGCCAAAUUCCUACAUCCCUCUCUACACUAUGGUGUCGUUCACAAGGAUGCGUUACCACCAUGUCAUCAACAAAUGGAAAUCUCAGAGCAAGAUGAUAGAUUCAGCACUGAUUGUGUUGUUCCUUGCGAGUAUUUUGGCACCAACCACAUACUUUGCCUCAAGGAAGCAACAAUGGAGGUUAUGGUGAUAAGUUAGGUUCAUUCCUAAAAGUAUCAGGAUAAACUGCAUUCUCUGCCUGUACAUAAUGGCAUAUAUAGUAGAUUUGAGAAAGGGGUAGAUAUUAGAGGGCGAAGUCGAGUAAUUGCUUCAACUGCCUGUAAAUGCUUAUGUGUAUUUUUGUUUGUAUAUAGUUUAUGUGACCUUAUGUUACCAUCUUUAAUGCAGAAAAGCAGUCACAAUAUAUAUUUUUAAUGUAUUUUUAUUUAUGAAAUACUCGCACCUAGGAAUAAAAGAGCACAACCACAUCACAGCCCUACACUUAAAUGUCUACUGAUGAAAAAGUUGGGAGUUUUUCAUGAACAGUGUAAAUCUUGAUAUGUCAAUGUUGAUAUAUAUAUAUAUAUAUCCAAGGGUUCAGGGUGGCACCAGUUGGGGGGGGGGUGCAUACGGAGGGUUAGGGCCCCGUCUGGGAGAGUCACCCUCCCCACCCAUCAACAUCCAACCAUGUCCACUUACUGUCUUGUCAGGCUGUCACCCCCAAACACCUCUAAUACUACAGUGAACUAACAGAUACAGAAGUUUUAUCAUAAGUGGUGUAUUACAAUCUUGAUCAAAAUAUAGAUUUGCCAUAGCAAGAUGAAGUCUGCGAUUAUGGGGAACCUGAUGGUGGAUUUUGAUUUAUUCACUGAAUUCAUUCCAUAAAAUACAAAACAAUAUGAGUGACGAGUAUUAAAAAAAGCGCAAAGCUUAGUACAAGUUAGACCUGUUAAGUUAGAAAAAAAGACUUAUCUAUUGAGUAGGCCAGUGGUUCCCAACCUUUUUGCUUUUUGCUGACCCCUCUGGACAUGCCAAAAUUUUCACCGACCCCAUGUCCAACUAGUACUCAUUGUCCAUAUCCCAACAAUAGGAUUAGGCCUACAGAUAGAAGAUGAUUCGCCACAAAAGUACAACAUUGAACAGUGGUAAAUCCUGAAAUUCGAAAUAGAAACCACCUCAACCCCACCAUGGUUGGGGCUGAGGUGUCUAUGUCACUUCUAGAUAUUAAAUUUGAAGGUAAUUUUCUUUUUAUCCCCAUCCAAAAUUUAGGGCGAUUCAUAGUUUAUAUUCUGCCAAUAGGAUUAUGGAUAGAAGAUGAUUUGCCAAAUUAUGACAUCUUGGAAUUCAGGAGGGGAGGGGUACGACUGUAAAUUUGACAUAAGGUAUUUACACUACCUCAGCCCCACCCUGGUUGGGGCUGAGGUAGGAAAUUUUUAUGUUUAUGGCACUUUUGUGUAGAUGGCUGGAAAUGUUAUCCCCCAUUUACUUUUAAUUUUGUCAAGUUUUGGGCUCCCUCCUGAUUUUUAAAAUUUAUUCAAUAUCCAGGUAAAAGCAAUAAAAGAGAGAUAACAUGGAAACAAGAUGUACAUUACGUGAGGAUUGUCACUAUCAAGUGACUCUCCUAUACUGAAAAUCUUUAAAUAGAAAAUACAUUAAAAAACUAAUUUAAAAGAUUCUAUCAGAUCACCCAAAAAAAUAUUAGAAUUAAAAUAUAAUGCCAAUUAAAACAAUUUACAGUGAACCUAGUCAUGCCUGUCAAAGAUAUUUCAUUAUUGUCAAGGUAUGAUCACACUAAAGACAAAAAAAAAUAAUGGUAUCAAGUUGUUCUAGUAAUCUAGCAGCCUACAACAUUUUUGCGGUCCCCCACAUUUUUCGCAGUCCCCCUGUGUAUCCCUUUGACUUAGCGGACCCCCAAAUUAUUUUAGUGGACCCUUAAGGGGACCCCCGGACCCCAGGUAGGGAACCAUUGGAGUAGGCAGUGGUAUUUCAGAAAUCUUUAAUGGUUGAUCUUUGAACUGUCUUCUGUAAUGCAGUAUACUAUGUACAUAAUUAAAAAGUGUGUACCAGAGUACUGGUAACAAAUAUUUGGAAUAUGUACAGCAUCAUGAAGGUAGACUGAUAUCUGUACAGAAAAAGAAAACGUGAGCCUCAUUUAUUCUAUUACAACUAGUACACUAUUAAAAAAACAACACUGAAGUUACAGUA